UACUUGAGAUCCUUUGACCCAGAGAUCUGAAUACAUUAUAUCGAUCUAGCUACAACAACUUCCCUCAACCCCUUUCAUUCUUUUCUCAUCAUCUGCUGCAUCCGAUUUUGCAUCAUGGCUUCAAAACUUGAAGGUGGAGCAUAUCUCUCUUCUUUUGUUGAUGCUAUUUCAAAGAAGCUGUCUUCAAUACUUGAAGAUGACUCUAUCCUCGAAGGUGACUACUCUACUCGGAAGUCGCUUCAAAAGUUGGAUGAUUGUCUGUGUGAUGUUGAACCUGUGCUUGAUGAUGCUGAGCUGAAGCAGUUCGGCAACAAUAGAGUGAAGAAGUGGCUUGUUGAUCUCCAAGAUGCUCUCUACUUGGCUGAUGACUUUCUCAAUGAACUCUCCACUAAAGCUGCCACUGCUACUCCGAGGGAUCCAGGUAAUUCUUAUGACUGGUCUCGCCCUGUUGAUUCAAUUAUUGAAGAUAGUGGUGUCAAUGUCAUUGAAAAUAUAGUUGGCACACUAGAGUCUCUUGUUGAACGAAAAGAUAAACUUGGUCUGGACAAGAGUGUCAAGUUGGAUACAUCAUGGAGACUUCCAUCCACAUCUCUCGUUGUUAGCUCUGACGUAUUUGGUCGGGACAAAGACAAGGAGAACAUAAUCGAAUUGCUGUUAGAUGAUACCUGCGAUGCUGAAUCACUUGUGACUGUGAUUCCCAUUGUGGGUAUGGGCGGGAUAGGAAAAACUACUUUGGCUCAAUUGGUUUACAAUGAUGCCAAAGUCAUGGGAAAAUUUGACACUAGAGCAUGGGUGUGUGUUCCUGAAAAUCCUGACCUUGUUCAUCUUACAAGGACUAUAAUAGGGGCAAUAGAUUCUUCUCCCCGUGACCAGGAUAAUUUUGAUUUACUUCAGACUAAUUUGAAGGAAAAAUUGACAGGAAAGACCUUUUUGAUUGUUUUAGAUGAUGUCUGGCAUGAUCAACGAGAUAUGUGGGAGGAUUUCCUAAAACCUUUUCGGUAUGGGAAUAAUGGGAGUAAGAUUCUCCUAACAACCCGUAACGAAAAUGUUGCUUCUGUGUUUGCACCAAACAAUCUACAUUAUCGACUAAAUUUAUUGUCGAAGGAAGAUUGUUGGUUGUUGUUUUUGAAGCAUUCAUCUGUUUCUACUAAUUCUAAACAAUAUACAACUCUAGAAAUAAUUGGUAGAAAAAUUGUUGAAAAGUGUAAAGGAUUACCUUUGGCAGUGAAGACACUUGGAGGUUUAUUGCGCAACAAGCAUAAUGAAGGGGAUUGGGAGAAUGUACUUAAAAGUGAAAUUUGGGAACUCUCCAACAGUAAAAUUGUUCCUGCAUUAAGAGUUAGUUAUCACUAUCUCCCUUCACAUUUGAAGCGGUGUUUUGUUUAUUGCUCAUUAUAUCCUCAAGAUUAUGAAUUUGACAAAGACAAUUUAAUUUUGUUAUGGAUGGCAGAAGAUCUUUUACAAUUAAAGAAAAACAACACAUUAAAAAAUAUUGGUUGUGCAUAUUUUGAUGAAUUAGUUGCAAGGUCAUUUUUUCAACCUUCUAAUGCUGAGAGAGGGUUAUUUGUAAUGCAUGAUCUCAUGCAUGAUCUAGCAACGUUCUUUGCUGGAAAAUUCUAUUUCAAACUCGAGCGAUCUGAGAAUCUACACAGGGUAGAUAGCAAAAUUUGUCAUUUGUCAUUUUCUUCAAGAUCUAGGGAUAUCAUCACGUCAUUUGGAGAGGCCUGUAAGAGAGCAGUACACUUGAGAACAGCUUUAGAUUUUUCUUCGCAUCGUCAAUCAAUUGAUGUUGUAAGCAAACCUUGGCUCUUACAACAACAAUUGAGAGUUUUGUCAUUUCGUAUAAAGUCAUUGCCUGAAUCAAUAGGUGAAUUGAUUUAUUUGCGGUAUUUAAAUUUGUCUGGAGCACGUAUUGUGACAUUGCCAAAGUCAAUAUGUAAAUUAUACAAUCUUCAAAUAUUGAAGUUGCGGGAUUGUUAUAAGCUAAAGAUGCUUCCCAGCCGCAUGCAAGAUCUUGAGAAUCUACACCACCUUGAUAUUCGAGGUGUUUCUCUUCUGAAAGAAAUGCCGAAGAAAAUGAGCAAGCUAAAGCAUCUAAACUUCUUAAGUAAUUAUAUCAUCGGCGAGCAUGAAGAGAAUGGAAUAAGAGAAUUGGGAACACUGGACAAUCUUCACGGCUCAUUUCACAUUCGCAACUUGGAGAAGAUCAAGAAUAGUGAUGAAGCUUUGGAGGCAAAGAUGGGUAACAAGAAGCACAUCAACACUUUGAAAUUGGAAUGGCUUCCAGGAGGUUACACGGAUAAUGUCAAAACUGAAAGGCAUAUACUUGACGAGUUACAACCCCAUGAAAACUUGAAUAAGUUAUCAAUAAAGGGUUAUCCGGGUAAAACAUUCCCAGAUUGGUUAGGCCUUUCUCGCUACUCCAGUAUGACCGAAUUGAGUCUGAAUUCUGUGAGUUGUUGUAAGCUUCCUUCACUGGGACAGUUACCCUCUUUACAGCAUCUGGAGUUAUCUAAUUUUAAUUGGUUGGUGGAAAUUGGUUUAGAGUUUUACAACAAAAACGAUGGAUCAUUUCAGCAGGAAACACCCUUCAAAUCUCUUGAAACUCUGGUAUUUAACAAUAUGUCUUGUUGGAAGGAGUGGCAUUUUCCGGAUGAGUUUGAUGGUUUUCCAAAACUUAGAAGCCUUUCAAUGAGAUGCUGUCCGAAGUUAAGAGGAAGUCUGCCAGCUCACCUUCCGGCUCUGGAGGAACUUACGAUUGCUAAAUGUUCAAAGCUUGUAUGUUCGCUGCCGAGGGCUCCCAAGAUUCAUCAAUUACAUUUUGGCAAUUAUAAGGCACAACCGCACAAUUUAGACAUUUCAGAAACCCAUCUGGCCCAACCCGUGUUGGAGUGGGUCCCCCACCUGCAAUCGCUACAUGUUGAAUGUCUGGAAAUCUUGAAAUGUUGGUCGCUGAUAUCAAUUUCAGCAGAUUAUUUGCCGGCUUCACUAACGAAGAUACAUGUACAGGGGUGUGAUUCACUGUCGUCGUUUCAAUUGGGGCUCCUUCCAAAUCUCAAGAAAUUGACAAUUAUGGAAUGCCGAAGCAUGAAAUGUGUUGUGGUGCCACAGGCUCUUCCAGGUCUCCGUUAUUUAAGCAUCUCACACUGCCGCAGUUUAGUAUCCUUGCCGGCACUAGGGUUGGCUGCGCCUCACCUGGAGGAGCUGCAUCUAUGGAAUUGCCCAGAAAUCGAUUGUUUUGCUGACGAGUGCCUCCCGGCGAGUUUGAAAACUCUUAAAGUCAAGCAAUGCGAGAAACUAGCGAGCUGGAUAACAUCAAAGGGUUUGCAGAGUCAAUUUACUUCACCCAUACUGGUCACAAACAAGUUCUAACCUUGGAAAAUUGCAACCUUUAUUGAAUUUAGGGUCAUAUUUCUGCUGAUCUUGGAGGCAAAGCAAAGACAACCGAGUUCACCAAUGCAAUUAUUGAUUCACUGCUCAAUGCAGUGUUAUGGCCUUGAGAGGCUUGGAGUCUCUUACACUUCUAAAAUGCACUUUGAUUGAUAGCCCUCUUUAGUCCAUUUUGCUAUCUUUGUCAAUAAUAUAGUUAAAUAAAUGAAGUACCAUACACAUGUUUCAUUCAUUCUUCUUUCAUCACUCUGCCUGCCAUUUGCUUAAUUUAAGUUCAAUAACUUACUGGAAAUCACCACUCAGUUUGUGUUCCUCAGGGUUUGUUUUGUUGGAGUAAUCCACACCAAUACAAUCACGCCAAUGUUGGGAGUUACCCCAAAAUAAUGUUAAUUUUUCCUUUUGACUCCAAAACCAUAUGUUUGAGUAUAUACUUGAUCCAAAUCAUGGUAUACCAAAAUGGGGAAACAAACUUUCAAGUUUCUGAUGUUAUGAAGGAAAAAAAG